AUGACAUCCGUUGCUAAAGCCGAGUUUGACUCGGCAUUCUUUGAAGUGAAAUCCACCUAUAUCAGGCUGCUUGCUAGUGAUAGCAGCGCCAGACCAUCGAUACCUGAGACGAGAGUGACCAAAGACGGCCUUGUGUCCAAGGUCGCACUGGACGGAGAUCCAGAGUGUGACAGACGAAAGAGAAAGUGGAAGCAGAAGAUUGGACGCUGCUUGGGUGAGCAGUAUCUCGCGCUCGAGAUUACGGGCUCGCGCACGACGAGACAGUACCAGCUCGUCGAUUUCCCUGACAACUAUGUAUUCUACGUCAAGCAGAGGGCGAAGAAUCCGAAGAGCUGGGAUGCCCAUCUUCGAGGGGGAGGACACGAUUGGCCUUCUCCACAGCAGUUUGUACGCCAUGCAGCCUGGAUUAUGGCGGGUAUGCCUCCAGAAAAGUGUGCAUGCAACCAGUGCAAUCGCAACGUGCCGCAGCGAUAUCUCAACGAGUUGUUGAAGAGGAGAAAGGACAAGCUGAGGCGAAAGAUAUUAAAGUGCAAGAGGAACGAUAGACCGAUCGAGAGGCGGUUGAAUGCUGUAGAUAAUAAAGCGUUUCUGAGGAUAUCUAUUCCUCUAUGA